AUGUUGGCUGAUGAACUUAAUUUGAAACGAGAAACCGUCAGAAAAAUUUUAACUGAUGAUUUGUCCAUGAAAAAGCUGUGUGCAAAGAUGGUGCCGAAGAACCUUUCGGUGGAGCAAAAACACGAACGAAUGUCCAUUUCACAGGAUUGUCUGGAACAGGUUGAAGCUGAUCCAACUCUUCUCGAUCGUGUAAUUACUGGUGAUGAAAGUUGGUAUUUUCAGUGGCUGUCUCCUGGUGCAGCUAGACCGAAGAAGGCGAGAAUGAGCAAAUCAAAAAUGAAAACGAUGAUGAUUUGUUUCUUUGACAGCAAAGGAAUCGUGCACAAAGAGUUCGUACCACCUGAGCAGACCGUCAAUCAACAUUUUUACCAGAAAGUACUCGAUCGGCUGCGAAAACGAGUCAUUAGAGUCCGUCCAGAGAUUGCCAAAACGUGGAUCCUUCAUCAUGACAAUGCUCCAUGCCAUCGUGCCUUCAGUGUGUCGCGAUUUUUGACCUCUAAGAACAUCGCAGUGUUGCCACAAGCGCCCUAUUCGCCGGAUAUGUCACCCUGCGACUUCUUUUUGUUCCCUCAAACCAAAUUGGCCGUGAAAAGAACGCAUUUUGAGUCCAUAACUGACAUCCAAAACGCUGUGACGAGGGUACUUCAGGACAUUCCAGUCGAAGCCUUUCAGAAAUGUUAUGAGAGCUGGAAAAAACGUUGGAACCAGUGUAUAGUGGUGGGAGGGGAGUACUUUGAAGGGGAACACAUCGAUGUAUCUUAA